AUGGCGGUUGCAUUAGCACUGGCACAUGACACUGGCAACUAUACACUGAACAAGCGGGAAAAGAGGGAGCUGCUGCUGCGUUCCAAAAGAAGGUGGGUCCUAUCCACAAUUGAGCUAGUGGAGGAGGACCCUGGACCUUUCCCUAAAUUCGCCACACAGAUGUUCAACGAUAGAACGGCUGUUUUCAAAAGACAUCAGUUCCGUUUAUCUGGAACUGGAGUGAACGAGGAACCGGUGGGCGUGUUCUCCAUCGACGACAAUGACGGAGUGGUGUACGUACACAAGCCGAUCGACAGGGAGAAGUACCCCUUAUUUCAUAUUGUGUUUGACAUCAUUGACACGGAGACUGGUACGCCGGUAGACAAGACUCUCGCGUUCGACGUGGCAAUUACGGACAUCAAUGACAACGCCCCUUACUUUGAGCACCCUGUCAUGAAAGCAAGUGUAAAAGAGAACAUGCCAGAGGGGUAUCUGCCAGUGCCUCUGACAGCCAGGGACAUGGAUCAGGUGAACACACAGAACUCUAACAUCAGUAUAAGGGUGUUGUCUCAGGAGCCAGCCGAGCCCAAGAUCAAGCUGAAGCAGGUGGAGGGCACCAAGAUGAGCCAGCUCACCUUCACCGGCUGCUUUGACUAUGACAAAGUAAAGAUGUAUAAAGUGGUUGUUGAAGCUAAGGAUCAUGGGAUACCAGCCCUGUCCUCAACUGCGGUGGUCAACCUCCACAUAACGGACUCCAACACUCACCAGCCAGUGUUCAAAGACAAGACCUACAAUACUCACUUGAUGGAGAUGGAAUCCAAUAAAGAGAUACUCCGAGUGGCUGUGACUGAUGCAGACACCCCCAACACCCCCGCAUGGCGAGCCGUUUACUCCAUUGUGAUGGGGAACGAGGAAGGAAACUAUAAGAUCGAGACCGACCCCAAGACCAACGAGGGUAUACUGACUGUCAUCAAGGGGAAGGAUUUUGAGAAGACAACAUUAACCAAUGUGCAGAUCGCCGUGGAGAACGAGGAGCCUUUGUUUGUCUGUAGCGCCGGCGGGGCCGUGUCCUCUGGUAAGACCCUGACCGUGCCCCCCCAGACGGUCAACGUGACUGUGAAGGUGAUUGACGUGAACGACCCCCCGGUGUUUGACAAUAAAGUGACAGACGUGUAUGGAAAGGAAGAGCAGGAGGUGGGAAAGGUGCUGUACAAACCCAUAGUCACCGACGUUGACUCAGAUGUGGACAAAAUCAGGUAUGAGUUAGUUGAGGACCCAGCAAGCUGGUUCACCAUAGAUCCCAAGACAGGAGAGGUGACUACAGUAAAGAAGAUGGACCGGGAAUCACCUUAUGUCAACAAAGACAACAUCUACACUAUUCUAAUCCAAGCCAUAGACUACGGGGAGCCCCCUGCCACGGCUACAGGCACCAUUCUGGUCCACCUGGGGGAUAUCAAUGACAACACGCCCUAUGUGGUGGAGAAGAAGCUGGUGAUGUGUGGUAACACAGUGAUUGUGCCGGUAGCAGACAAGGACAAGUCUCCCUUUGGAUGUCCCUGUUUCCUCUCCCUGGGAGUGGACAACGGAGACAAAGCACUGAAGAGCCGCUGGAAACUGGACCCUGCCACUGGUGUGGAGGCGAGUCUGGUCAGUUUGAAGAGUCUGCCGUACGGUAACUACACAGUGCCUCUGGUGAUCCAGGACCAGCAAGGGAUGGUUGCAAAUGACACUGUCCAGGUUAUGGUGUGUGACUGUGGGGGAGGGGACAAGUGUAGGGCCUCUCUACCCCGGACCUCCAGCCUGGGCUUGGCCGCUAUAGGACUACUGCUGGCUGGACUGCUUCUCCUCUUACUGCUACUGCUUUUCCUCCUGCUCUGUGAGUGUGGCGGUAAGACGUUCACACACCUCAACCUGCAAGACGAGGGGAACCAGACUCUCAUCAACUACAACGAGGAGGGAGGGAGCUCCGCGUGCAAGGGUGAGCCCAUGUUGAUCUUGACUCGCCCCACUCCCAACCAUGUAGCCGUGGACGUGGUAGAUGGAAUGAAGCAGGCCACCACAGACAUAAAGCUUACUCAGGAGACCAAUGGGAUGACCCAAGAGACCAAGGAGAUGUACAGAACCACAGGGAGGUCCGUGGUCACCAAGCUGUCCUCCUCAGGAGGGGGAGGGUUCUCAGGAGGGGGAACAUUCCAGAGAAUGAGCGAAGCCAACGGAACUCUGAGAAGCCAGGAUGGGCAAGGCAAGAGUAACUCUUCGAAGUACUCCCGCUCUUUCGGCCUGCUGUUGUACCAGCACAUUUCAGAGCACAUAGACCGGAGGCUGUAUAUGAUUGGAGAUGAGGUGGACGACCAACCCUACGAGUACAGAUACGAGGGGAGAGGCAGCACGUGCCAGUCGCUGGAUGAGCUAUCGCUAAGUAACCUGGGGGAUGACUUGAAGUUCCUAGAGGACCUGGGGUCAAAGUUCAACACCCUGGGGGGCAUCUGUCACCAGGACAUGUAG